CAAGUUAUCAAAAUGAAUCAAACAAUAAAUGUUGAUCAGUUAAAUUCCGCUUUAACAUCUCUAAGAACUCUACGAUCUAGCGUGAGUCAUGUAUUCGAAACCUUAUCGAAUGGCCUCAGAGCCGACCACGGUGAAGACGGAAAGGACAAAUUCCUUUUAGAACUCCAGGAACUUCUUAACAAUGUGAAUAUAAACGUACGAGAUUUGGAACAAACAGUGAACGGUUUACCGAUACCUACGGCACCGUUCAAUUUAGGUAAUACUACCUUUUUAAGUCAGGAAACAACACAGGACCGGCAAGCGUUGUAUACUCAGUUAGUAAACAGUUACAAGUGGACGGAUAAAAUACACGAAUACAGUUCGUUUGCUCAUACUUUGUUAAGUCAAAACUCUCUCAAAAGAUCGAACCUUAACUCUGGCAGUACGAAACGUCGAGGGAAACUACACAGUAACCACAACGUCGCUCCGUUACAAGUAGACAACGUAAUAAAUAACAUAGAUCGAUCUUACAAUGAUAUGAAAAUAACGAUAUCGCGGCCGUUCGCUAGCAAUGCUGUCGUCCAAAUCAACUUGAGCCACGUCUUGAAAGCUGUUGUAGCAUUCAAAGGGCUCUUAAUGGAGUGGGUGAUGGUGAAAGGUUAUGGGGAGACACUAGAUCUGUGGACAGAAUCUCGUCACAAUGUGUUCCGGAAGGUAACAGAAAAUGCACAUGCAGCUAUGUUGCACUUCUAUUCCCCUAUGCUUCCAGAAUUGGCUGUGCGUUCGUUUAUGACCUGGUUGCACAGCUAUGUGAAUCUAUUUAGUGAGCCGUGCAAGAGAUGUGGAUGUCACCUGCACCACACCUCGAUGCUACCACCAGCCUGGCGUGACUUCCGCACACUUGACCCGUUUCAUGACGAGUGCAAACAAUAGUCCAUGUGGUAUUGAAUGGGAAAGAGAGGCGGCGGUCGCGGGUAGCUUUCCCAUUCAAUACGUUAAAUAUUAUUAUGAAGUGCUUAAUGGAUUGUGAACUGAAUUGUGUAAAUAUUUUGUUUAUUGUGUAUACUGAAGGAACAAUUUGAUACUGUAAUAGUAUUGGAAUGUCCAAACCCAAACUGUCUUUACUGUCUUACUGAUAAUGGUUUACUGAUUAAUGUGUAAAAUUGAUUUCUUCAUGUGAAAUAUUAUAUGGUUGAUGAUGGUGAUAAUAUAAUAUGGUUUUGUA